AUGGCUCCCAGAAAAAACAAAGUAGCGAAAGAGGAGGUGCAAGUAACUCUUGGACCGCAACAUUUGGCCGGAGAAACUGUAUUUGGAGUAGCUCACAUUUUUGCUUCUUUCAAUGACACAUUUGUCCAUGUUACCGACUUGUCUGGCCGGGAAACUAUUGCCAGAGUUACUGGUGGAAUGAAAGUUAAAGCUGACCGUGAUGAAGCUUCACCUUACGCUGCUAUGUUGGCCGCUCAGGAUGUUGCUGAAAAAUGCAAGACCCUUGGUAUCACGGCACUCCAUAUUAAACUAAGAGCAACUGGUGGCAACAAGACCAAAACUCCAGGACCCGGAGCUCAGUCUGCACUCCGUGCUUUGGCUCGUUCCAACAUGAAGAUCGGCCGUAUUGAGGAUGUCACUCCAGUGCCAUCGGACUCAACCCGUAGGAAGGGUGGUAGACGAGGACGCAGGCUG